UUUAGGGAAAUUUUACAACUUAACCUCAAAGAAACUUAAUGCUGUUGACCUUUUAUUAUUUAUUUAAAAAUAUAAGAUCCUAGGGAAUAAUUAGCUUGUAAUUAAUUAUGGGAGAUGCAGAGCUGGAAGAAAUUCGUAGAAGAAGACUUGCCCAAUUGCAGUCACAAUUUAAGGGUGGUGAAGGAGAGUCAAAGCAAAAAGCUCAAGAAGAACAGUUACGAGCCCAAGAAGAAGUAAAAAAUUCAAUCCUGUCUCAAGUACUUGAUCAAUCAGCCAGAGCCAGAUUAAACACACUGAUGUUAGGAAAGCCAGAAAAAGGAAAACUUGUUGAGAACAUGAUACUGAGAAUGGCACAGAUGGGCCAGAUAGGCAGUAAAAUUGGGGAGAAAGAGCUUAUUGGCAUAUUAGAAAGUGUUAAUCAACAAAUACCCCAAAGCAAAACAUCAGUGAAGUUUGAUAGAAGAAGGGCAGCUUUAGACUCAGAUGAUGAAGACUUUUAGCAAUAUAAUUUUUACUAUUCAAACAAUAUAAUGUAAAUAUUGUGUUAACUGCUUUUUUACUAAGUUAAUUGUCAGUAUACUACAAAUUUUUCAAAUAAAGUGGCUUAUAAAUUAA